AUGGAUGACUCGUACCUCUACACACCGCCCAACCCGUCGGUCGGGAAGCUGGUCAAAUGGAUUAUUGUGUUGCUUUUGUUGAGGGCUAAGAAUCCUCUAAGGCUUACGGCGUUCCUUUCGCUCAACCCUACGAUCAGAAACCUUAUCAAUGACUGGCUCAGGGACCACACCAGACUCAAGGACCCUGAAACUGUGGAUAGAAGAUCCAGGAAAUUGGCUAAUUUGGCCACGGUGGGGUUCUUGUUUCUGGCGGUUGCUAAUAAUCCCCAGAUCCCGAAAGACUACUGGCUGAUCUACUUCUAUACGGCUUACUUUGGCGAGUUGAACCCUCCUAGUUCACGUAUUACCGUGUAUCCUACGUUAUCUAAAGCUACAGGAAUUGAUAAACUCAAGAAGAAGUCGUGGGUUCGUUACUUGUAUAACAGGAAGCAUCACAUUAUCUACCCAAUCAUCUUUGGCCAGCUUUUAUCGAACUACUUGACUCCCACAAAGUAUAAGCUUAACCAUAAGUACUUGUCAGCUUCGAUUAAGAACUACAUUUUCAAUCCUAUUUGGAUCAACUUCCGUUUGGGCGUUAAUUCCCAGCUGGUGCAUUGGGCUGGCCUUUUGCAGAGCUACGUCAAACAUAAUGUUGUCUUGUUUGGCGUCUACGCGUUGCUUUCAUUUAAAGACCGUUUGUUAGAUCGUUACUACGAAGUUGCCAAUGGUAGCAUGAACUUUACAUCUAUUGGGAAACUCCUUCGUCAAUACCUUAUCUUUGUGGGCCACAAAGCAAAUGCAAUGGCAAACUUUAUUUAUGGGCCUAAUUUGACGGCCAUGUUCCUCUUGGCAUUGACCUCGCCAAUGCUUACUAGGGUUGGCUUCUUGAGAGAAAUCUACUUUGGAAAUAUGAAGACUUUCGUCAAAAACUACAUCAAAGGAAUAGGCUUUGUUUCUGCCUUUGCAACAAUGAGUCUUGGGUCCUUGCAACUCGUUCAGAGCUUUGGCUACAAGCGUCUUCCAGGCGAUCCAAAGAACAUCCGUCAAAUAAGCACCGACUUCUACAACGGUCUCAAUUCGUAUUUGCUACGCUUGAUAAUCUUGUCGAAGUGGCGUAUCGUCAAAGAGAACCACAAAUGGUUCUCGAUCAUUAAUAUUGCUAAUUGGGAUCGUAUCGAGUCUUUCAUCCUAUGCUACGGAGUGUGGAAUCUCAUGAACCUCAACGACUACAUCCUCAAACACCCGCUUCAGAAGGAAUGCCAGCGACUCGAAAAGAACUCGCUCAUUCGUGCUGUCAACAGAAUUAUGAACUAA